AUGGACGUAGUCGGUCCUAUUGUUAGAAAGGAGGACUUGCGGGUCGCACCCAAUUGCAGUCAUUGCUUUGGCAGCAAUUGGUUAUAUCUAUUGCAUGUCCUGUUCGUCUUACGUGUGAGACCUAAUAUAUUUUUGGCCCAAUUUCCCAGGGAGGAAAAAAUGGAACAAAAUAUUGUUAAACUACAGACCCGUCUCCAGUUCCUUGAAUCGUUGUACUUAGCACGGAGCGAAGACAUUCUCAAAAUUCAGAACAAGGUCUUCCCGAGAAACAACCGCACCUAUACAGCAGUAAAGCCAACUGAAAGACAUGAUCAAAUCACGGCCGAAAUUGUGAUGAUCUUGAAAAAUAUGACUGGUAUGAAGUCGAGCGCGGGUGUGCAUACGAAGAAUGUACCAGCGAUGCAAAAUUCGUUUAUAUUAAAGUUGCUACCCCACCUCGCGAACAACCCUGGCACCUUGCGGCCAUCUUAUCACUUGAAAUCAAAUCGCCACAGUUCAGAUAUCGUUAUAGCAAUACCGACUGUGAAAAGAGAUAAACAGAGUUAUCUCAUGAUAACCUUAGAGCAUUUGAUCAGCGGCUUACAAGAAAAGGACAAAAAUGACACGCUCAUCGUCGUUUUAGUCGGCGAAACCGAUUUAGAGUACGUCCUAACCCUCGCCAGGGACAUCGAGAUUGAAUUUGAAAAAGAAGUGGAAACUGGCAUGAUUGAAGUUAUAUCUCCGUCUGCGACUUACUACCCGGACCUGGACGACUUACCGCUUACUCUUGGUGACUCGUUGAAGCGUGUGAAAUGGCGUACUAAGCAAAAUUUGGAUACCAUUUACUUGAUGGCGUACGCUCAAACAAGAGGUACCUACUAUCUUAUGCUUGAGGACGAUGUCAUCGCCAAAGAGAACUACGUGCAGGAAAUCAAACAGUUCGUGAGCGCCACUACGAUAACCACACCGGAUUGGUUUAUUCUGGAGUUUUGCCACGUUGGCGGUAUUGGAAAGCUAUUUAAAUCGUCGGACCUGAUAAACUUUAUAGUAUACGUGCAACUAUUUUACAAAAAUAUGCCAAUUGAUUGGUUAGUCGAGAGCUACCUCGCUGAUCGGGUUUGCACCAUUGACAAAUACUCGAACGCUUGUGGGAAGAAUAAGAUGCAGAUCUGACCCAAAUACAAAUCGUCCUUGUUCCAACAUAUUGGCUUGUACUCAUCUCUUAAAGGAAAAAUACAAAAAGUGAAGGACCCCAAAUAUGGGACCUUGCCAUUGUUUUAUCCUCAUGACAAUCCAAUUCUCAAAUACGUCCGAGUAACGAUCAAAGAAAAAGGCGAAUACACGGUACAGAAUGCAUAUGAAGGCAAAUCUUUCUUCUGGGGCCUUCACCCUAAAAGGGGUGAAGUUAUCGAGUUCUGGUUUGCAAAGCCAACACGAAUUUCAAGCUAUACGUUUAGAAGCGGCAACGUCCAACACCAAAGUGACAAAUUUUACGACACCGUCGUGGAAGUCUACACGAUGAAGACUAAAAACUUUUUCGUAGUCGAUCACUUUGAUGAGUUCGGAUUGGCCGACGGAAAACUCGACUAUAAUAUCGGACCUAUAUUGGCUAUUCGACUGCGAGUCAACAAGGACAGCCUUUACUGGGUAGUCCUUUCCGAAAUCGAGCUGAAAACUUAUUACAAUAAACAAAAGCAGGAUCUGAUGGAGUCGACUUGGGAUGGAAUGGCUAAGAAUUAUUUGCCGGAUCAAAAGUUUCCAAAGCCGUAUAAGGCUUUGGCAUAAAUAUGUCGGCUGAGAAUUUCGCUGUAUCGUAUGCCCUUUAAGCUUGAACUUGUACCCUAGCGAUCUGAACUGGCUAA